ACUUGUGAUUUAAAAAUUCUUCUUUAGCUAGCUAGCUAGAUGGAAAUCAAAGACUACACCCACGAUGGCACGGUGGAUGUUCAUGGCCGCCCUGUUCUUGCCUCCACAACUGGAAAGUGGAAAGCUUGCUCCUUUCUCCUGGCGUAUGAAGCGUUUGAAAGGAUGGCCUUCUAUGGAAUAGCUUCAAAUUUGGUAAAUUAUCUGACCACCCAACUUCACGAAGACACAGUUUCCUCGGUGAGGAAUGUGAAUAACUGGUCUGGAUCAGUGUGGAUGACGCCAAUUCUGGAGCAGGUGCAAGGUGGACCUAUAUUCAUGUGCAUAACUAGGAAAUUUACCAUGCCAAAGAAAAAAGUGGGGCUUUCUCUGGGAUUUGAUAGCCACUCGCUGACUAAAUUCUUUCCAUGCGCAAAGUUUAAAAUACUGCUUUUAGGUACAACUUUAGUGGAUGAUCUUGAUAUAUCUCCUCUCAGUCUUUGGUUCCUUGACAAGGCUGCAGUAAAAGAUGCCUCAAGGCCACCGUGCACCAUAACUCAAGUGGAAGGGACCAAGCUUGUUCUCGGGAUGCUACUGAUAUCGGUGGUGACCUUGAUUCCUAGCACAAUAUGGGCACAAAUCAACACUCUUUUUGUCAAACAGGGCACCACAUUGGACAGAAGGCUAGGCUCAAACUUCCAAAUUCCAGCAGCAUCGCUUGGAAGCUUCGUGACCCUGUCCAUGCUCCUCUCUGUGCCAACAUAUGAUCGCUAUUUCGUGCCCUUGAUGCGCAGGAAAAUGGGAAAUCCUAGAGGCAUAUCCCUCCUUCAAAGGCUAGGCAUUGGAUUUGUGAUCCAAAGCAUAGCUAUUGGGAUUGCAUAUGUUGUGGAGGUCCGGAGGAGGCAUGUGAUAAGAGUGUACCAUAUAGUAGGGCCUCGAGACGUUGUGCCUAUGAGCAUAUUCUGGCUGCUGUCUCAAUACGUCCUGAUUGGAAUGGCUGAUGUGUUUAAUGCCAUUGGAUUGUUGGAAUUCUUUUAUGAUCAGUCCCCAGAGGAGAUGCAAAGCCUGGGCACAACAUUCUUCACCAGUGGAAUUGGAAUUGGGAACUUCCUGAGCAGCUUCCUGAUGACAAUGGUAGACAAAAUUACAGGGAGGGGAGCACACAAGAGCUGGAUUGGUGACAACUUGAAUGACAGUCACUUGGACUACUAUUAUGGAUUCCUUCUGGUGAUAUCUACCCUGAAUUUAGGGGCCUUCUUUUGGGCAUCAAGUAAGUAUGAGUACAAGAGGGAAACCAAUAAAGAAGUAGAUGGGGGUUGUAUUCAGAUUCAAAUGGAGGAUAAGACCUUGGGAACAUCCCCGCUUGUUAGCCGGCUUAAGAAAAUUGCAGUCGGCUCUGGGAAGCAAAAGUGCAAAGAGCUGGCUGCAGAUUUUGUUGAGCCGGCUCUACAAGCAAGAAAUUCAACUAGUGUUUUGGCGUGCGCAGAAAAUGGAAGCAGAACCGGCUCCAACUCUGUAGCCGACUAUGAGGCCGGCUCUCGAGAAAACAGAAUGUGCAGGAAUCUCGCAAAGCCAGCUGCAGAAAUUGUCUUCAUGCUUGCAAAUGUGCCCAAGGCAUGGAUUGUGACUAUGAAAGGUCCAUAUGUGCCUAUGAAAGUAGUUGGGGAAAGUGAGGUGCCAAAGGAAGAAGUUGAAUGGAAUGAUGAAGACUUGGUGAAGAUCAAGACUUGCCAAGGAGUUGUGGGACAUGUUGGAGCCAAGAAGACCGCAAUUAAGGAGUCUAAGGAUCUCAACACCCUUAAGCUUGAAGAUCUCAUUGACAAAUUGAUGACAUAUGAGAUAGAAGUUCAAGUUGAUGGUGGAGUCGAAGUAGUUGAGAAGAAGAAGAAGAAUGUUGCUUUCAAGGCUAGCAACCAAAAGGAAGAGAGUGAAGAUGAUGCUAGUAAUGAUGAGUCUAGCAAUGAAGAGGACAUCACCAAAUUGAUUUCAAAGGAAGUGAAGAGAUUCAUGAAGAAGAACAUUAAGAACAAGCUUGCAAAAAGAGAUGAAGGAGAGUCUACCAAAAUAAGUGUGAAAUGCUAUGAGUGCAACAAGAUGGGGCACUAUAGAAAUGAAUGUCCCAAAUUGAAAAAGGAGGUUGAAUCUUGGAAGAGGUUGAAUCUUGGAAGAUUCAUUUUCCGGAACUUAAUCAAGAAUUACUCCUUGGAUAUGGGUCUUCCGCAUGGUGCAUUGAUCACUAGGCUAGUAAAGAGAAACAACAUUGAUCUUGAACCUUUUAAGCAUGGGAGAAUUAAAGCUGGGACCAUUCUCACCAAAGCAUCCUUUGAAAAAAUGCAAGUUGUGUUUUGGAAUGGUAGUUGGACGAAGAAAGGGGAUCAAGCAAUGGAACAGCAAGCUGAUGAAAAAGAAGGUGAUACAGAUCAAGAAAUGGCAGAACAAAGGGAAGAAGAACAUGGAGCCGGCUCUGGGAAGCAAAAGUGCAAAGAGCCGGCUGCAGAUUUUGUUGAGCCGGCUCUACAAGCAAGAAAUUCAACUAGUGUUUUGGCGCACGCGGAAAAUGGAAGCAGAGCCGGCUCUAACUCUGUAGCGGGCUCUAACUCUGUAGCCGGCUCUAACUCUGUAGCCGGCUAUGAGGGCGCAUUUAAUGCACAACGGGCAUUUAAUGACCCCCAACGGUUAGAAAUGGCUAUUUUCGAGCAAGGGGCUAUAAAUAUGGUUGGGGUGAGGUUUGAGAUAAAUACUCAUCUUCUUGUAAAAGGAUUGAGUGGCUCCUUUAAGCCACCCUUGUUGUUGUUAGUGGAGAGUGUGGAGGAAAUCCUUGGGAAGAAUUUUUGGAAUUCCAAUUCACCCCCUCUCUUGGAGUACAUUGAGUCAACACCGCUAGGGUAAAAAGUAUGAAAACUAAUUAAUCAAAAAUAUGUAUAUCUAUGAAUAAUGCAUGUAUGUAUUUAGUAUCCUUUAAAACCUUCAAUCCUUUUUAAGUGAAGGAUGAAGUUAUUAUUUUUAUCUAAACAUGACUUAAGUUUUAAUAAUAAUUUUUACUAUCC